UUCUGCUCGUCCACAACUACACAGACACCUUUUGCUUCUGCCAUAUUUCCAGCAUCCGGAUUUCAAUCUGUGGCUGAGCGUCCCCUGAGGAACUCCUCAUCAGUGUUGUUGUAUUUGAAUGAACUUUUUUGGAGGCAGAAAAACAGCUGUCGCCGGGAAAGCUGUCUCCGCCGAUUAUCUGUGUAAGUUGAGCGGUCAGUUUACGCCCAGCAGCAGUAGCAGCAGCCCGGCCGGUGCAGCGUUCAGCACCAUGGAGAGCAGCGUGGUGCACAUCUACAAAGAGGACAGGUGUCCCUCGGGACAUCCUGAGGAGUGCAUCCCAAACUUCACCUGGCAACCCGGCUUAUCGGACGUCUUCAACUACACACCCAACGGGACCUGGGACGCUGAGCCCGAGCCCAUGUCGCCCAUCAUCCCCAUUAUAGUCGCGGUGUACUCCGUGGUGUUUGUGGUGGGCUUGGCGGGCAACUGUUUGGUGAUGUAUGUCAUCAUAAGAUACACCAAAAUGAAAACAGCCACCAACAUCUACAUCUUCAACCUGGCUGUGGCUGACGCUCUGGUCACCACCACCAUGCCCUUCCAGAGCACCGACUACCUGCUCAGCUCCUGGCCGUUUGGCGAGGUGGCAUGCAAAGUCUUCAUCUCCAUCGAUUACUACAACAUGUUCACCAGCAUCUUCACGUUGACCAUGAUGAGCGUGGACCGCUAUGUGGCAGUGUGUCACCCCAUCAAGGCCUUGGAUUUCCGCACACCCGUCAAGGCCAAGAUCAUCAAUGUGAUCAUCUGGGUGCUGUCGUCCGCUGCUGGGAUCCCUGCCAUGAUACUUGGCAGCACAAAGACCAAUAACGGCACUACAGAGUGUGCCCUACAGUUCCCAGAACCCUACAUCUACUGGGACACCCUUAUGAAGAUCUGUGUCUUCAUCUUUGCCUUUGUGGCACCCGUCAUCAUCAUCACCGUCUGCUACACACUGAUGGUCAUGCGGCUGAAGAGCGUGCGCCUGCUGUCGGGCUCACGCGAGAAGGACCGCAACCUGCGGCGGAUCACUCGUCUGGUGCUUGUGGUAGUCGCCGUCUUCGUGGUGUGCUGGACGCCCAUCCACAUCUUCAUCUUAGUCAAGGCGCUGUCGGGCAACGUGCCUGAGACCACCGCCGUCAUGGCCGCCUACUUCUUCUGCGUUGCGCUGGGCUACACCAACAGCAGCCUCAACCCCAUCCUCUACGCCUUCCUGGAUGAGAACUUCAAGAGGUGCUUCAGGGACUUCUGCUGCCCCGGUGCCCAAGGACACAGAGACUGCCAGGGGGUGAGCCGGGUGAGGAGCACCUUGCGGGACCACUCGUGUCCCACAGAAGGCCGGGGAGAUAUGAGGCAGGCCAGGCCCGUAUGACUAGCCAUGGACAUGUCCUCUAUGCCCUAUCAGGGCUGGGAGGACUCCAAUGAGCUGGGAUUGACUCAAAUCACCACUGCCAUCUAAGGGGAAGGCUAAAGAGAGGGAUAGUUAUUUAUUUACCCAGAAUGCUGGUCAGAGAAUCCAGAAGCAUGUACAUUUAAAGAAUAAACUGGGGAUAUUCUACAUUUUUCUUAUCGUCAACAAAUCCCACAAAAAGCCUAAAACCAUCAAAGAAUUUAGGCUAUUCCCUCACUGUCCAAAAAACGUUAAAAACAUCAGUGAGCCACACUGUUGCACUGGGUGACACGUCCAACAUUAUAAUGAACAAUUAUUUUGAGUUCAUCCCAUAUACACCAUCCUGCUGCUGGAUAUACACACAAGACCACCAAAUGUGUAUCAAUCCGCUGCUGAAAAUAGUCCCUAAUAAAUACACCACCAAUUUCUCUUGUAAGAGUAAAAUUUUAAACAUUGCCCAGUGCGGUCUGAUAAAAAUAAAAAUAAUAAAAAUGAAACUAUAUAUAUGUGACCAAGCGGCAACGUCUGUGGCUUACAAAAGACAACAAACAAGUAACAAAAACUGCAGUUUCUUAAAUGGCCACUUGAGGUUACAGAAGUGAUCAAUCUCCAUAGGGCCCCAUUUUAAAAUGCCUUUACUUUACAGCAGAAAUAAAAAAAUGUACAGCUGCAAAAACGUUUUUGAUCUCUAUAGCUAAUUUCCCCGUUCAAGGCAACUGUACCAUUUGAAAAAAUAACACAUUUUUGGAGCCGGUAGUGUCAGGACUGCCAAGAUGGAGAGGGCCAAACCACACUGAGCUUCACAAACGCUCUUCAGUCUAUAAGACCUGUUUUUAAAGAAUGAAAUGAAUGGGCUUGAGACAGGCUAGAGAAGUCAGAAAGAACUGAGAGAUGGACAUGUUUUCCAUCUUUGUGGGAUUUGUUGACACAUAGAAAAAUGUAGAAAAACAUAGAAAAACACUGGACUCCUUUAAAAUGAAGUUUAGAUUAAAGUCACUAUGAGACAGUGAUUGUCGAAGUGCAAAGAUGCCUCCAGGAUCACAGCCCAGUAAGAUACUAAAUCAUUGUAUAGUAUUUUGCCGUGUAUAAAAUCCCCUCUGAAGAAAUUGAAGCUUGAAGUAUUAAAAUUACUAUAAUAUUAUUUUUCACACUGUCAGAAAAUUAUGUCCAGGUGUGACAAACCAAAAGUAUUUUAUUCACAUUUUGUUUACCUGACCUGUAAAUUUUAGGCUUUCACAUUAAAGUGAUUAAUAUAGUUCUCCAAUGCAUAAAAAGAUCAACUGGUAUUUUGUGCACAGAAUGAAAAGAAGUAAAUGUCCCUGAUUCUUUUGGGAACAAAAUGCAUUAUGAGCUUUGUUUUAAACUGACUGUGUUUUAUGUGGAUUGUAGUUUGGUGCUUUGUCGUAUUGUAAAUUUGUGAAUAGUCGACAUCUUUAAAGAGUCUCACUUUAGCAGAAAACCCAUGUAGAAUAUUGAAUAACCUCUCAGGGAUCAUCCUCUGUAUAAUUCACAACAAGAAGAUACUGAAUAGUAUUUUCUCCUUGAUGAGAUGGUUGACUGUCAGUGUUGAAACAUUAGCGGUUACUGUUCUUUAAAGCUGAACUUUGUGCUUUAAGAAACUAUUAUUAUCUGACACUGCUCCAUACUUUUAAACACUUUCAGCUGUGACGUCUCAUCGAGGAGAUGUCGAACGUUGUACAUACUGUUGUCAACCUGACACAUUCUCACCUUGUCUGAAAUACUGGUACAUGUGAAAACUGGGCAGAGGGCUCCAAGGCAACAGCUGACAUGAUAAUGAGAUACUGUAUCCACACAACAGGGCUUUUGGUGGUUAGUGCAAUUUAAUGUUUAUACUGUAAACCUCUGCACAACAUGUUAUACUUUUAGCUUGGCAACAUUUAUCCUCAUGAAAAUUAGGUUUGAUUUGAUUGUGAGUGAUUUUCUGUCUUGGUUUCCUUAUUGUAGUUUUUAUAGGAGUCACCAGAUCAAUCAGAAUUUAUCAAAUCAAAGGCUUGUGAGGGUUUUUCUUAAUGUAAAACUAACCAUUAAUAUAUGUAUCUGUCUAGAUCCGAUAAUGAUAACGUAGUUAUAGUAGAAAAUGUGUUUUUGUGCCUUGUUUUGUGCCUUAUCUUUAGCUAUCUUGCUUGCUCUAAAAGAUCAGCAAUUAGCCACAUACAUUUGUGUGAAGACUUUGAGUCUAAGAGUACGAAAGUAUAUCCUGGUAUAAGCUUACUGCUGAAAGUUAUUGUAGCAUAAUCUAAAAAAAUAUAUAAUACAGGUGUACAUCCCACUAGCUUAGCUUUGUUACAAUAUGUGUUUUUUAAGAUUAUACGAUUAUUUGGGGCAUUUUUUUGCCUUCAGUUGGUAGGACAGGUAAAGAGGCAGACAGUAAAUGGGGAGUGAGAGGUUUAUGACAUGCAACAAAGGUUGCUGGUUGGAAUCUAACUGGCAACAAUGUGCUGCAACCAUUCAGUUAAAACUGCGCUUUCAGUAUGUGUUUCUUAACUAUUCCUCUAAUACUGUAACUUACUCGAUAGACAUGAUUGUAUUCAUAAACACAUUAUUGGCCCAAUUCAGGUCUGACUACCAUAUCUGUAUAAUGUGCUGCUGCAUUGUUGCAUCACUGUUGGAUGCUUUGCUGUAUCUUUAAGCUUUGAAUGUCAAAACAUGCUUAAUACAUGUGCAACUAAGUCACAAUAAAGCUGUAAAAUGUGA